AUGAAGUAUGGACAAUCACCAAUACCAUUUACCACAACAGCAAAUUUAACUUUUGAUGAAAAAAAUAAUUAUAUCUUGGAUUUUGGAAACGUCAACAGUGAAACUAAUUUAUGCUCAAAGAUGGGACGUUGGAUCUUAAAGAAAAAUGGAUCAGCUGUUGAUUCAGCAAUAACGACAAUGAUUUGUAAUGGUAUAAUGACUCCAUCAGGGUUGGGUAUUGGUGGUGGAUUUUUGAUGACAAUUUACGAUCGUAAAAAUAAACAGGCACAUUUUUUAAACGCCAAAGAUAAAGCACCAAUAGCUUCUCAUAAAAAUAUAUUCGAAGAGGAUGUCGAGGAACUGUCUAAAAUUGGAUCACUUGCUAUUGGAGUACCAGGUGAAGUUGCUGGUUAUUGGGAGGCUCAUCAAAAAUUUGGUAAACUUGCUUGGUUUGAUUUGUUUGAGCCCAAUAUUCAAUUGUGUGAAAAACAAUCAAGCAGUGAUCGAAACAUUCGUCCUCAAUUUUGUGAUACAAUAAGAACUAUUGCUGAGAAAGGUGCCAAUGAGUUUUACAAUGGUACAAUUGGUAAAAAGUUGAUUGAAGAUUUAAACAAGUUGGGCAGUAUAAUGACUAUUGAAGAUUUAAAAAAUUAUCGUGUUAAAUGGACAGAUCCAAUUGUUAAUGAUUUUUUAAAUGGAACAAAAUUAUUUACAUCAAAUUUACCUGGUAGUGGUGGACUAUUAGUUUUAAUAAUAAUUGAGACAUGGAAAUAUGCUUAUGCAAUUAGAAGUCAAAUGGGAGAUCCAGACUUUACUGAUAUGACUGAUUUAAUAAAAAAUAUAACAUCAAAAGAUUUUGCAAGGAUGAUCAAAGAUAAAAUUGAUCAUGAUAAAAGAACUUUCAAUGAUCCAAGUCAUUAUGGAGGUGGUAAGAAUCUUGUAAAGGAUUAUGGAACAUCACAUAUGUCAAUAAUAGCACCAAACGGUGAUGCAGUUGCUGUAACUAGUAGUCUUAAUGGACAUUUUGGAAGUGGAGAAAUAAUAAUAAAUACAUAUUCAUUACCAGGAGUUAAUAAAAAUAAUGAAAUUGAAGGUGGAAAACGACCACUUUCAUCAAUGGUACCGUCAAUUAUUACAACGUCAAAUGGUGAUGUUAGAAUGGUUAUUGGAGCUGCAGGUGGUACACAAAUAACAACAUCAGUUUCAUACGUCAUAGCUAGACAUUUGUUCAUGGAUGAAUCAAUACAAAAAGCUAUAACUGCACCAAGGAUUCAUCAUCAACUUUAUCCAAAGGAGUUGUCUACUGAUGAAGCGAUUUCACAGAAAAUAUCAAAUGGCUUAGAAAACAUGGGUCAUGUCAUAGGACCGUAUGCCACUGCUUCUUCCGUUAUUGCUCUUGUGCAAAUUAAUGGAACAGUUAUUGAUCAUCUUGAUUCGUAG